UAUUUUAGAUUGGGAAUUUGGCGGUUCUUUUUUGGUACGCGUCUGCUCCGUUUCUCAUCCAAAACCUUAGAAAAGCCCAUUGAGGUUGCAGCGGAGCAGCAGAGGUGAGGAAUGGCAGCGAUGUUGAAGCCGCCGGGCAAUUUCAGCGUAACGCCGCACAAAGUGUCAGUGUGCAUAGUUCUUCAGAUCUACGCUCCUCCAGCUCAAAUCACGCUCCCUUUCCCCUUCCCCUUCUCCUCCAUCGCUCAGCACAACCGCCUCGGCAUGUUCUUGCUCGCACUCACCAAGUCUUGUGAUGAUAUUUUUGAGCCAAAGCUGGAUGAACUUAUUACUCAAUUGAGGGAAAUUGGUGGUGAACUGGAUCAUUGGUUAAGUGAUCAUUUAACCUGUAGGCUAUCAUCGCUAUCGUCACCAGAUGAUUUGUUUAACUUCUUUAGUGAUUUGCGAGGUAUCCUGGCGGGACCUGAUUCUGGUGUUGUGGUAGAUGAUCAAAUUAUUUUGGAUUCAAAUAGUAAUCUUGGGGUGUUUCUCCGCCGUUGCAUACUUGCCUUCAAUCUGUUAUCCUUUGAGGGCGUAUGUCAUCUGUUGACAAAUAUUGGGACAUAUUGUAAAGAAGCCCUCUCAAGCUGUCCUACUUAUGAGUUGCCUCAUUUAGAUGACUCUAGUAAUGAAGUUGAAGCCUUGUUGGUGUAUGAAAACAUGGAUCUGGAGAAUUUUGUUUUUGAUAAAGUCACUGAAGAGACUGAAGCAAGAAAAAUGGCUAGUGAAAAAGUUUCUUUUCACAUUCAUGCACCCAAAGCACUUUUUGGAUUGAUUGAAGAUAUUGAGGUUUCUGCUGAACUGAAAUUCAAGCACAGAGAGAAAACUGGAGAAGCUAGUUCAUUUGCACACCAUAUGAAAGAUACAUUGAGAGGUAUCGAUCCCAAUGGUGGGAUAUUCCUACGUACAAACUGGCAGAUACAAGGAUACUUAUGUGAGCAAGCUGAUGCAAUUGAGAAGCAUAGCUGCUCGUUUCCUUUAAAUGCCUUUGAAUCUAUUCUAAGGCAGCUUCAGAAACUGGCACCAGAAUUACAUCGUGUUCACUUCUUGCGUUACUUGAAUAACCUUUAUCAUAAUGAUUAUCCUGCUUCAUUGGAGAAUCUUCACUGCUACUUUGAUUACAGUGCAGGGGCAGAAGGAUUUGAUUUUGUUCAACCUACUUCAUCUGCUAGCAAUAGUUUUGGAAGAUAUGAAAUUGCUUUGUUAUGUUUGGGAAUGAUGCAUUUUCACUUUGGGCAUCCUAAGCAGGCUUUAGAGGUUUUAACUGAAGCAGUUCGUGUUUCUCAACAGCAAAGUAAUGAUACUUGUCUUGCCUACACUUUAGCAGCUAUCUGCAAUCUACUGUCUGCAAUUGGCAUCUCAAGCACAACCGAGAUACUUGGAUCAUCAUAUGGACCUGUGACCAGUAUAGGAACUUCAUUGUCCAUACAGCAACAGUUGUUUGUGCUUCUGAGAAGGUCUUUGAAGAGAGCAGAUGGUUUAAAGUUAAAACGAUUAGUGGCUUCAAAUCGUCUUGCAAUGGCUAAAUUUGGUUUAACACAUGUGCAAAGACCGUUGCUAUCAUUUGGUCCUAAAGCUUCCAUGAAGCUUAAGACAUGCCCAGUUAAUGUUUGCAAGGAACUGCGGUUGAGCUCUCAUUUGAUUAGUGAAUUCAGCACUGAAAGUUCUAUAAUGAUAACUGAUGGUGUCUUCAGUACAGCAUGGCUUAAGAAUUUACAAAAACCAAUGGGCUCAUUAGUUUUGUCUCUAGAGAAUGCAUCUGGAGCCAAUUCCAAUGCUUUCCAUUUCUGUGCACAGCCAAAUUCAAUUCCUGGAUCUGUAUUGCAAUUAUUGGGUUCUUCAUACCUUCUCCGGGCCACUGCAUGGGAGAUAUAUGGAAGUGCCCCUCUUGCUCGAAUCAAUGCGCUGGUUUAUGCAACUUGCUUUAGCAAUGCUUCAAGCUCAGCAGAUGUUGCUUUAGCAUAUACAAAGCUUAUCCAACAUUUAGCAGUAUUUAAAGGACACAGAGAGGCCUUUGCUGCUCUUAAGCUAGUGGAGGAGAAGUUUUGUUCCAUCUCAAAGUCACGAAUCCUGUUACUAAAGCUGCAGCUGCUCCAUGAGCGUGCUUUACACCUGGGACAUCUGAAACUAGCCCAACAAGUAUGCGAUGAACUUGGAGUUCUGGCAUCCUCUGUAACCGGUGUGGAUAUGGAACUGAAGACAGAAGCAAGCCUUCGCCAUGCUCGUACAUUGCUUGCAGCAAAUCAGUUUGGCCAGGCAGCAGCUGUUGCACACUCCCUCUUCUGCAUGUGUUACAAAUUCAAUCUGCAAGUUGAAAAUGCCACUGUUCUUCUCUUGCUUGCAGAGAUCCACAAGAAAUCAGGCAAUGCUGUUUUAGGCCUUCCAUAUGCAUUGGCUAGCCUUUCAUUUUGCCAGUCAUUUAACUUGGAUCUUCUCAAAGCAUCAGCCACUCUCACACUAGCUGAGUUGUGGCUCUCACUUGGAUCAAACCAUGCAGAAAGGGCUUCAAUCCUUGUACAGGGGGCUCUUCCAAUGAUUCUUGGUCAUGGAGGUUUGGAGCUUCGCUCUCGGGCCUAUAUUGCUGAAGCAAAAUGCUAUUUAUCAAAUCCUAGUUUCUCAGUUUUUGAAAAUUCUGAGGUUGUGCUGGAUCCUUUAAGGCAAGCUACUGAAGAGCUUGAAAUUUUGGAGUAUCAUGAAUUGGCGGCUGAGGCUUUCUACUUGAUUGCCAUGGUAUUUGAUAAAUUGGGGCAGCUAGAAGAAAGGGAAGAAGCCGCAGCUUCAUUUAUGAAACAUGUCAAGGCUCUCGAAAAUCCUCAGAACGAGCAAGAUCCUCUCUUCAAUAUCCACUGAAGAUUGCCAAAGCUGCACACACACACACACACACACAUAUAUAUAUAUAUAUAUAUAUAUAUAUAUAUGUAAGCAAGCUGUAUCUUGAAUCACCCAUGAAUGUCUUUCCUUAAGUAUCCAAUAUGUUUCUCUUGGAAAGACCAUGUAAACUACUUGUAAAUUAUGGGACAUUUUAUGUCUUAAUGUAAUCGUUCUUCAGUUGUUGUCA